UACAACAUUUUAUAUACAGAAAUAGUCUAUUGCAUGAAUUCAUACACUAUGCAACAACAUUUUAACUUUCUUGAUCAUGUUUGACGAAAACUAUUGAAUAAAUUGAUUGAACGAUAUACUUCAGUUAUACCAUGAUUGGACUAAAGUGUACAAGUUAACUGUACCAUGACUAUUUCUUUUAAGAGAUUUAUAUUUGGGACUAAAGUUAAACUUUGUUUUUUAAAAAAGGACAAAACGAUACGGAACUUUGAAGCCGAUGGACCUCAUGAAGUUCUUUAGAAUGAUUUUUCCAUAUGCAUUUCUACUUGCCAUUUUCAUGCAGUGUAGCAUACAAGCAUCAAGUAGUUCAUUAGCUUUCGAUGAAAAUACAGUUUCAUGUCAAGGUUUUACUGCUGAUAAAGUAAUCCGAGAUCUCAUCUCUUCUGGCCAUACAACAGCAGAACCAUGUCCCUGCAUAGAACAAAUUAUUGAGAUUGAUGAAACGUUUGAAAAGAUCAAUAACUGCUAUAAGCAGUGGUUCUUCAUGGACGGUGUGAAGCAAAUGUGCUGCUAUAGUGAAUAUGGUCAGCUUUUACUUGAUAGUCCCGGGGCAGGAUAUCUUCUUCUAGAAUCUUAUGAAGGGUACAUUGAACAAGCUCACGAUAUUUGUUGUGGUAAUGGAUCAGAUGGAUUUAAAGAAUCUUGUGAAUCAUUCUAUCAAAUAAAUAAACCUGAUGAUUGUAGUACAUACGUGCCGCCAGUUGUGUCAAUGUCAUCAGGAGAUCCUGUCAUACAAACAAUAGAUGGAGGAAAAUAUGAUUUUAAUGGUCAUGGUGAAUAUGUUUUUCUGACAGAUGAAAUAAACUUUGAAAUACAAGCUCGAACAGAGUAUGUCGUGUCGGGAAGCAUUGAUUCGACAUAUUUUUCUGCCUUUGCAUUGUGUGAUAAAACGUCAGAUGAGCAAAUAGAGCUCCAUUAUGAUAAGGAAAAAAGUGAUAUCAGAUUUUUUCGGAAUGGUACAUAUAACAGCAGCUGUAACGCAUCAUCAAUGUCAAAACAAGGACAACUUAAUGAUUGUGAAUUUCCUAAAAGACAUAAUUGUUUUGUGUUAGCUGGUGGUGGAAAAAUGAUUAUACAAAACUGUGGUUUCAAAUCUUAUAUCAAACAGCUGGUGUUUGGGGCUGACAAUUUUAUGAGUGUACAGAUCAUCAGAGACUCUAAGGCAAAUUUAACAAACAUUACAGGCCUAGCAGGACAUCGGGAGGAUGGUUUCUACAUUACGAGAAACAAUACAGAAGUUUCCGAAAAUUCAUCUUCAUUAUCAGUGUUCAAAUUUGCAGAAUCCUGGUCAUUACAGAAUGAGUCGGAGAGUGUUUUCAUGUAUAAUGAGACUUGCGAAAAUUUUACAACUUAUAACAAUUAUCAUACACGUCCAGAGUUCCUUGAAGACAAACUUGGCAACCUAACAGUAUUGUUCGAAAGCUUUCCACCAGAUAAUAUUACACUUUUUAACAAAACUUGUAGAAAUUAUUGGAACAAGGAACCCAAUAACCAGUGCCUUCUCGCCAUUGCAAGAACAGGGAAUUAUAAUCUAGGAUUAGAUGUAAUGACAGAGGCAAAUGCAACACGUCACAAUUGGGACAUUCUUCAUAAUAAAGCUCCAUUUGUAUCACCCAACUUUCCAAACAGGACCACUGUCAAUAUCAACUCAACAUGGUCCAUUAAUCUUACUGAUUAUGUUACCGAUGAUAAUACACCCCCUGAAAAACUCGUGUUCAAAGUUGUCACAAAUGUAACAGCGGAAGAGUAUUCCAUUGAUGGAGGAGUAUUCACAUGGAAAGUUGGCAAAGGUUUACGAGAAAUUGACACAGGCAUACAAUUCAUCGUAUACGACACAUUUAAUGCUAGCAGUGUUUUCAGUUUUUCAAUCUAUUAUUGUGGAUGUAGUGAAGUUUCGUUUUGUUCAUUUAAUGAAUCUACUGACAAUCCUUCAGCAAUAGGUUUUGAAUCACUGCACAUUUCUUAA